AUGUUUCCGCGGGGGCUGUAAAAACUGAUGCACAUGCUUACACAGGGGCAUCACGUGAUACAGGCACGCGGCUGGAAAAGCAAAGUGCCAGACAUUUGUGUAAUGUGCUGGUUUCAGCUUGCUGUUGAACCUUUUUGGAAUUACGAUAUAUAAUGCAGUUUAACAAACGAAUAUUUUGAUGACAUGUUUAUAACGAUAAUGUUUGCUGACUGGUUAGCCUGCAACGAACACGUGGACAUUGUUGUUGUUAGCCUUGUAGCUAGCUGUCAUUCAUAGGCGACGAAACGGUUAGAUCGCACCUAUUCUGGUAAUGAAACUGAGUUACCUUGCUUGGCUCACACAUUUAAUCAAAAGAUGAUUGUUUUCUCAACAUGACAAGUGAACGUAGAUCCCAGAAAGACUGGUAUUCUAUACUUGAAUCCAGUCCAUCGGAUAUGCUACAAGACCUCAAACAGAAGUACCAAAGACUGGCCUUAAUGUAUCACCCUGACAAGCAGGGCCCAGAUGUGACUGUGACUGAAGCAGAGGAGCACUUACUCAGGUUCAUUGAGGUCGAUCAGGCUUGGAAGGUUCUGAGCAACCAGGAGACCAAGAGAGCCUACGAUCUGCAGUUGCGUGCCAGCGAACUGAAUCAGAGUUGGCCAGUCGACGCCCAUGUCUGUCUGGACGACAUGACUUGGGAUGAUGAUAACGAGGUGUACACGUAUGGCUGUCGCUGUGGAGGGGAAUUCUCCAUUGGAAGAGAGGAUGCGGAGGGAGAAGAGGCCAUUGUGUGCUGUGAUACCUGUUCACUCAGUAUAGAAGUCAAGACGACAACCUGACUGUCUCAUUGUUCGCCAGACGCCUCUAAAUCCUGAAGAGCUAGAUCAAGGAGGUUCAUAGUUUUCUUUUAAUCUACAUCCACCGAACAUGUGUCCACAUUUGAACCUUUUUAAAUGGGCACCCCCAUGGGACCUUGUGCACUUGUCUAUUGGACAAUGAAAGGAAAUUUGAUUUUGCUCUUUUAAAUGUCAUGCAAUAAAAUCAUUGUGCAAAAUUCAACUAACAACCAAUCAAGUGAACUGUCAUGAUACUGGGGGUGUGGGUCUCAUGCACGCACUUCAUAUAAUGGGCUCUAGUUUAACAGACCUUACACAAUGGUAAAUCUAAGCGCAGGUGGUAGCGCUAUAGUUUCAGGGGUGUGUCAGAAAUAUUUUUGCUAUUUGCAUAAUCAAAAUUAUCGGCGCACUUGCCGUUGGUGCGAAAGGGCUGGGAUUUUGAAUAAUCAGUGUGUAGAGGCUUGGCUCCCUCACUGGCCAAUCAGAACAUGCUCCUUGGUGAAAUAUUUGGUUGCUUCAAGUUGUGUAUUUAGGGUCUUUUAUGUAUUCCCUUGGAAUCAACUCCAGUUACAAUGUUAGUCCAUUUUAUAGUUUGUUAAAUAAUAAAAAUGUAUACCUGUCUUUGCUAAAUA